CUUGAAAUGUCUGAAGUCCAAAGACCACAGAGGAAGAACAAGAAUAUGACUUCCUUGAACGAGCUUGCAGCUGUGCUGAAUGAAGAAAAUAUUGAGGAUUACAUCUUCGCAAGGAACCCUAAUAAUCCUCCAUUUGACGACGUUGACGUCCUUCGAGACUAUGUCAACAGAACAGGAACAGAUCUUAGUGAGUUGAGAGGAGACAUUGGAGAGACUGCUUUAUUCAACUGAGCACUGAUCCCAGAUGAAGACAAGGCCCUCGAAAUGAUGAAAUACAUGGUUGAAGAACAGAACAUCCUCCCUGAAACAGCAGAUGAUCUUAGCCAGACAGUAAUGUACUAUGUUGCAAGAGAGGGUAAAAUUAGGUGAAUUGAGUACCUCAUCAAGCAUGGCUGCAGUGUCGAUCAUAUUGAUAUUUACAGGCAAUCUCCUCUAUACUAUGCAGUAAGAGAUAACAAGAUUGAGGCAGCCAGAAGAUUGAUUGAAUUACUUGGCACAAAUGAUGAAGAGAGAAGGAAGAAAAUAAACCAUAGAGACACUGAAAAUGAAACAGUUCUGUUCUACGCAGUCAAUGAAGGGCAUUUCGAAAUGACCAAAGUGCUAAUCGAGCUUGGAGCUGACUAUAAUCUUGAGAAUAGCUCCCAGAAAACAGUAUAUGAUAUUGUCAAAAAUAUUGGUAAAUAAUAAGAACUCUACUAAGGCCAAAGACGCCAGAUAUCAGAAUAUUGAACUUCAUUUAUUCUCCCUUGGUGCAAAGGAGGGAACUAAGAAGACCAGAGGAAAGAAAAGAAGUGGAAGACCUGCAAAUUUAGCGACAGUUAAGCAAUAUGCUCUUUGUAUCUUUAAGAAUGGGAAAUGGGUAGAAGCUACAACAGAAGAUGAAGAAGCUCUAAAAUUGUUCCACAGCAUAGAAAAGAAGAAAAACUCUUCAGAGUAUAUUGGAAAUACAGUAAUCCCUCCAAACCUUCCAGCAAACCUACAAUGGGAGAAUGCUGCUAUUAAGAUUCAUGAUGAAAUGACCAAGCAUAUCACCUUUAUGGAUUCUCUUCUGAACGGAAGUGUAUCGUCUACACCUAGAGGAAGUCCAAUGAAGAAGAGGUUUAGUGCCAAAAACUCAGACUCAGAAAGAAUGGAAGAGAACAAAGAAGGAGACAGAGGUAUAGAGAUGAUUAUGUACAACAUUCAGGAAAAAUUGAUCACAAACUCAUACUUCUCUGUUGAGAAAUGGAAGAAUGAGAUGUAUAAGUUCCUCGAGGCUAACAACUCUCAGUCUCAUGUAUCUCCUGAAGGCGAGAAGGCAUCCAACCAACUUAUGAAGAAGUUCAAUGAGCUAUGUGAGGAGCAUAAGAUGAAUUUGAGCCUUCCAUAA